AUGGUUCCUGGAGUUCAAAUCAAGGAAAUUCUUCAAAUCAUGGCUCGGUAUUUUACUCGUCACCAUGGGAACGGGGAAAUACCGCAUGAAUGUCUCUCGGAUCGACGUGAUCCAUUUGAUAGAAUCCUGCAUGACGUGGUUCGUAGAGCCUCGAGGACCAAACCAGUACCCGGUUCGCUGGCAUUUUGGAAUCAGGGCGGAGCGGGUGGCGGCCGCAGCGAGCGGGGACUUCCGUUGCGUUGCAGGCGGCGCGGCGGGCAACCCGACGCCAAGCGCCUCUACGACGACCUGCUGUCCAACUACAACAAGCUGAACCUCAAGAAUCAAAUAAUGACGACGAACCUCUGGGUGGAGCAGUCGUGGUACGACUACAAAUUGCAGUGGGACCCGCGCGAGUACGGCGGGGUGGAGAUGCUGCACGUGCCUUCAGACCACAUCUGGCGGCCGGACAUUGUGCUCUACAACAACGCCGACGGCAACUUCGAGGUGACGCUGGCGACGAAGGCGACGCUCAACUACACGGGUCGCGUUGAGUGGAAGCCGCCGGCCAUCUACAAGUCGUCUUGCGAGAUAGACGUAGAGUAUUUUCCUUUCGACGAGCAGACAUGCGUCAUGAAGUUUGGCUCGUGGACCUAUGACGGUUUCCAGGUCGACCUACGCCACAUCGACGAAGUGAAGAACUCGAACGUAGUGGAGAUCGGCGUCGAUCUAAGCGAGUUCUACACCUCGGUCGAGUGGGACAUUCUGGAGGUGCCUGCCGUGCGCAACGAGAAGUACUACACGUGCUGUGACGAGCCCUACCUCGACAUCACCUUCAACAUCACGAUGCGGCGCAAGACGCUCUUCUACACCGUGAAUCUCAUCAUCCCCUGCAUGGGCAUCUCCUUCCUCACCGUGCUCGUGUUCUAUCUGCCCUCUGACAGCGGGGAGAAGGUACGGCGGGGAGGAGAAGUGUGGGGAGCGGAGAUGGGCGCAGCGGUGGGAGGGGACGGGGGUAGCGAGCCGCGCGCGCGCGUUCCACCGCGCUGCGCCGCGCCGCGGCCCGCCACGUGCGCCCGCGCCACGCCCACCGCCGGCGCCGCGCCCGCCCGCGAAGCCCUCGCGCGAGACGGGCGGCCGGCCGGGCGACCCGCGGGCGGCGGCGCGGCGCGGCGCGGACGCACACGAUGCGCCGUGGGUGCGGCGCGUUUCAUUCCACAUCUUGACCGCGCCUGCGCGUCAUGCGCCGGCCGCAGUACCAGACGGAAGCGUCGCGGCGGUCGGCCCGCCGUCAUGGUGCGCACGUGCAACGGGCUGGAGAUGCGCGACCCGCGCUUGCUGGCGCCGCCGGCGGGCGCCGGCGCCGGCUACUCGUCGGCCUCCGGAGCUGGAGUCGACGCGCACCUCGAGGCUCACCGCGUGGCGCCGUCGAGCCGCAGAGGCGCUGCGCGCCUGGCUGCUGUCGCUGCUCGUGGUGCCGGCGGGUGGCGGCAACCCCGACGCCAAGCGCUCUACGACGACCUGCUUCUCCAACUACAACAAGCUAGCGUGCGGCCGUCAGUCAACACCUCGGAGUGCUGCGCGUCUGCAUUAAGCUCAAAGCUGUCGCAGCUCAUCGACGUGAACCUCAAGAACCAGAUCAUGACGACGAACCUGUGGGUGGAACAGUCCUGGUACGAUUACAAGCUGCGCUGGGAGCCCCGCGAGUAUGGCGGCGUGCACAUGUUGCACGUGCCUUCGGACCACAUCUGGCGGCCGGACAUCGUGCUCUACAACAAUGUCCGCCAGUGGAUGACGCGCUGCAGCCCCGGUCCUCCCGCCCCGCCUCCCCGCCCAGCCGCCCCGCCCUCUCGCCCCGACCGCCGCCCAACGCCCGCCUCGCCGCAGGUCGACCUGCGCCACAUGGACGAGAAGGCGGGGUCCAACGUGGUGGAGGUGGGCGUGGACCUCAGCGAGUUCUACAUGUCCGUCGAGUGGGACAUCCUGGAGGUGCCCGCCGUCAGGAACGAGAAGUUUUACACGUGUUGCGACGAGCCCUACCUCGACAUCACGUUCAACAUCACGAUGCGGCGUAAGACGCUCUUCUACACCGUCAACAUCAUCAUCCCGUGUAUGGGCAUCUCCUUCCUCACGGUGCUCACGUUCUAUCUUCCGUCGGACAGCGGAGAAAAGGUGACGCUGUCCAUUUCCAUUCUCAUCUCCCUGCACGUGUUCUUCCUGCUGGUGGUGGAAAUCAUCCCGCCCACGUCACUGGUGGUGCCGCUGCUCGGCAAGUACCUCAUCUUCGCCAUGAUCCUCGUGUCCAUAAGCAUCUGCGUGACGGUGGUGGUGCUCAACGUGCACUUCCGGUCGCCGCAGACGCACAAGAUGGCGCCGUGGGUGCGGCGCGUCUUCAUCCACAUCCUGCCGCGCCUGCUCGUCAUGCGCCGCCCGCAGUACCAGUACGAGACGCGGUGCGGCGCGCUGCGCGGCGGCCGCGAGCCGCCGGCGCCGCCGCUCUACUACCCAUACCAGCCCACGGCGCCGCUGUGCGGGCCCGGCGCCGUCUCGGACGACGAGCCGCAGAGGAAACUUUUCAUCAAUUUUCAACUAGUACACUUUUUUAAAUAUUGUUUUCUACCUAGAACGUAUGGGAUAACAGAAAAAAUGGAUCCUUAUUCAGCAGCAUUUUGUCAUGUUUAG